AUGGGUAACCCGGAUAUCGAGACGAGCUCGGCAGUUGCUCAGCGCGUGUCGGUGGAAAUCACCAAGACGCAAGUCGGAGUUGGCCGAGAGCAAUUGUCAGACGCUUUGCCGCCUCAUGCCGACUACGAAGGCGGCCAUCGGUGGGAUCCCUCGGCUACAUGGACUCCUGAAGAGGAGAGACGGGCAGUGCGCAAGACUGAUCUCAAGCUUUUGUCUUGGUUGUGUCUUAUGUUCUUUGGUCUGCAAUUGGAUCGUGGAAACAUUUCCAACGCGCUCGCUGAUGACCUCUUGACUGAUCUCGGAUUGACCACCGAUGACUACAACAACGGAACCACCAUUCAAGUCCUUUGCUUCUUGCUGGCUGAGUUCCCUGUUCAAUUCCUCACCAAGCGAUAUGGCUUCAAGCAUGUCCUUCCCACGCUCAUGGUCUGCUGGGGUCUCGUCUCAACCUUCCAAGCCUUCAUGACCGGACGAGCUGCUUUCUACGUCACCCGUGCUCUGAUUGGUACCUUUGAGGGUGGUUUCAUUCCCGGUGUCAUUCUCAUGGCGACUUACUUUUACACCUCGAAGGAGCUGUCUAUUCGACUUGCAGCUUUCUGGUCUACUCUCAACAUCGCCCGUGUCAUCUCUGCUCUCCUUGCUGCUGGACUGAUUGAGAUGCGAGGUGUCAACGGCCACCCUGGCUGGUUCUGGCUUCUUCUCCUCGAGGGUCUUCUUACCGUGGUCAUUGGUCUCGUCUCUAUGGCCUAUCUUCCUACCUCGCCCACAGGCACCAAGUCUCUCAUCUGGCGAAAGUCUUGGUACACUGAGCGUGAGGAGGUGAUCAUGAUCAACCGUAUCCUUCGAGAUGAUCCUGCCAAGGGUCUUACGGCAUUGAAGGAGCCUGCUACAUGGCAGGAUGUCAAGAACGCAUGGUCAGACCCUUCGCUCUGGGGUCUUUAUUUUAUCGGUCUCGUUGCCUACAUUCCCGCCGCACCUGUUCAGGCUUACUUGACUCUUACGCUCAAGCGAGUUGGAAAGUUCAGUACCUUGGCUAGCAACCUGCUCACUGCACCCUCUGCUGCACUCCAGAUCAUUACUAUGCUUGCGCUGGCCUACAGUUCCGAGUACUUUAACGAGAGGACGUUCCAUUGUCUGUUUGGGGAGAUCUGGUCACUUCCUCUUCUUACGGCACUUCUCACCCUUCCCGAUGAGGGCCGAGAAUGGGGACGAUUCUCUAUCAUUACUCUGAUCUCUGGAUAUCCCUACUUCCACCCUCUGGUUUCUUCUUGGAUUUCCGAGAACUCUUUCGACGUUAAGAAGCGAGCCAUUGCUGCGGCUACAUACAACGUCAUCGUUCAGAUGGGGAGCGUUACAAGCUCUCAGAUCUACCGCAGGUGGGAUGCUCCUUACUACAAAAACGGUAACAAGGUGCUCAUUUCGAUCCUGUGCCUCUCUGUCGUUGCAUUCAUCGCCCAGCGGUUCUGGCUCAUCCACCUCAACAAGAAGAAGAUCGAACAGUGGGAACAGAUGACACCAGAGCAGAAGCUCGAGUACCAGACUGACAAGGAACAGCGAGAGAUUGAUGGAAACAAGCGACUCGAUUUCCGCUUUGCUUACUGA